AUGCUCGUUAUCGCCCUCAUUUCACUCCCCCCAUCCUCCACGGUUGACGUGACUAUCGCACACCUCGAAAUACUUUUGAAAGCGACAAACACACCCUUUACAAUCGGAACCAAAGUCCAAGAUCCAAGCAUCAUCCAGAUAACCACACAAUACCCCUCCCUUCCCUCCACAAGCGCACUGUCAUCUCAUCCACCAUACACGUCCCUCGUCUCCUCCCUUACCCCAUACAACCCGAGCAUCACCACCGUCACACUCGACACUUCCAUACUCCCUGCUCCGCUAGUCGAAUUCGUCAAAUCCGACUUUCCCACUCCCUUAUCCCCGUCCCUGCAGGCACAAAUCGAGUCCGACUUCGCGCGUUUCGAAUCGCUAUAUCGUGGCCGCGGCAGUAUGGCUGAUGUGGGCGAGAUCUCUCUCUCCAUGGGGUGGAGCGAACCCCAUCCCAACGCCCAGGGCGUCGCAGUGAAGAGCUGGGUUGUUGCGAGAGGAUGGCAAGGGAUGCCGUUUUUCGAGAAGGCGGUGGCGAGUGAGGAGUUCAAAGGAUGUAUUGGGAUUCUGAUGGGCUGGGGUGCGGAAUUUGAAUUGUGGCAUGUUGAUACGAAGGUUGCGGCUGGCGAGGUGUAG